AUGGCCGCCGAAGAUACCGGACCAGCAGACUACGCCUUGCUGGAGUCCUUGUUCGUCGACCCAGAUGCUCAUUAUUCCGGGGACCUAGACUGCAUUGCCAGAGUGUUGCUGCAGUCAACGUGUAUCUCGUCCACGUUUGACCUAGCCGACCCUGCAGGCUCACACUCGCUCGUUAUUCCCGACCCAGUGUUUCCUUCCGAGCAUGACAUUCAAACAACUGCCGCCGGAGAAAUCAUCGAAAGCGUCGUAGGAACCUGUAAUCAGGAAGAAGCCUUCAAGCUGGCGCUGGAAUCGAGCUUUACCAAUGUCCGGUUCCUGCAAGCAGCUCCCAAGCUCGACCUCCCGUCGCUGAGGAGCGAUCCAAGGCAGGACCUGAAGGCUCUGGCCCGUAUCGUUGGGGAAGCAAAGCUCCACGGCUUCUUUUUUAGGCCGAGCACUUUGCCUCUAGAGCCCGUCGACGACAGGAAAGAUGAAGGAAUCGGGAUGCCUUCUUCCGCCGUGCACUUCCACGGUCAACUUACCCAGGGUGUCGAGCCCGACGACCUUGACUUUUCCGAGGAAGAUUUGUUGUACGUUGCCGAGUCACUGUACAAUGAGUCGGCCGAUGAGGAUCUCAGACAUCUGAUUAAUCAGGAGAUAGAAUCCACUAUUAAACGCAUCGGGACCAUGACCCCACCUUUGGUUGCGCCCUCGCUCAGCGAAUCUGACGAGGAUGAGGUGUUCGUUCCGGACGCCGAGGUCUGCGAGAUCGACAAUCUUUCCGAGCCAGCAAGCCUCCUUAGCGAAGAUCUCGAACUAGCCAGGAGAAUCCUCAACAACAUCUACGAUGACCCACAGCUACCAGACGUAUCUACAUCCGACAUCGUUGGUUUUCCAUCCGACACACCAAGCUUCGAGAAAGCCACGCCAAAACAUCAAGAAAUAGAUCUGGAGGUCCCGCUCUUCCCUAAAUCAGACGAUGAAAUUACCAACAGCCAAGAGAAACAGGCUUUCCGGGUGUUAGUCGAGAGUGUUCCGGACUUUAAUGUCGCAAAGAAAGGGGUUGAUCAGGCGGGGACAGCGAUAGAUGAGACCGAUUCUAUUUUCGAUGGAGAAUUUAGUAUCCUCAUGAAAGCCAAAGUAGACGGCAUGACAAGAAGGCUAGAGCAGGAGCAGAUCGAGACUGCUGAUGCCGUCGCUCGGAUGCAACCUCCGGUCCUUGAUUUUAGCACGCCCCCAGCAGAGUGGCAGGGAACAUCGCCAGAUCCGUCUGCGAUGCUCUCAUGGAUCCGCCGCAAUCAUAAAUACCAAUUUCAGUCUUCUCAGUGGCCGAAGAACCCACAAGAGCAGAGAGACCUCAGAUGGGUCCCGUUCCCGGUGUCACUGGCCAAGGCAGUUGAUGUAAAGGAGUCAGUUGGAGACAGCCGCGUGUUGGAACAAUUAUUUGGGACCCGCCGGCCAGGGUCAUUGCCAACCAGUGCCGACUAUGUGCAUCCAACUUGUUCCCUCAAGAUUCUCAGCCCAGAAGACGAAGAAGAGCUACCAGGUCCUUGCGAGGACGAAGCACAAGAACUCGGUCUCUACAACUCUGGAGACGACAUCAUGGACUUGAUCAGAAAGUAUAGAUUAGCGCAAACCGCCAAAGAAAGGCCACUAGAAACGACAUCUUCCACGAGAGGUUUAAGGUCCCCGCAAACGGCCAACCACGGAACUGCGACGCAUUUCCUGGGAGGGGGCUUGCUCCUCGGUGAAAAAGAAGCCGACCCAGCUGGAAAGAUGUUAGCCAGCUACAUGGACCUGCGUGGAGCAAAAAGACAGAAAACUUCAACGGGCUCCUCCAUUCUGGCACCGACGACGAGCACCGUGGGUGUGUCUAACCCGCCCAUGCUGGAGAGGGCCACGCAGAAUGCACCCAAGCCACGAACCCCUCAACCAGAGAGACAAACCGCCUACGCCGAAGCCCCAUGCCCGCCCAUCGACGUGCCGAAAGAAGCUCCACGCAUCGUCAUCUCGGUCAGCCUCCCUCGAUGCGUCAUCUCGGCGCUCCAGGCCACAUUCCCGGGCAUCGACCUGGUAGACCGCGACUUCGCAAGGCACAACACGUGGUUCCGGUCUCCGGGGAGCGCGAGACCCACAGAGGUUCAGUCCCCGCUCUCCUACGAGGCUGACAUCAUCCCCUCCCCGGCCACGGGCAUCGUGAUCACCACGAUCCUGAAAGUGCGACAGAAGCCGCUACCGGGAUCGAAGGACAAGCUCUCUCAAGUCCGCCAGCGGUUGGCGCGAGUUGCCCCUCUCUACGAGCGAGUCGUGGUCCUCGUCUCGGAAGGAAACCCUGUGGGGGAGCAGGUCGAGCCGCUCAACGCCACUGACGCCGAGGCCUAUACCUCCUUUGUCGCUUUCGGCUUUUCCCUUGGCAGAAGCAGCGGCUGCAGCCUCCGCGUGAUGUACGUGGCCGGGGGGAGCCAGACGCUGGCCCGCUGGGCGUGCGCCCUCGUCGCAAUGCACGCCAGGGAAGCCGCCCCCGACGUGCAGCAGAUACUCAUGGCCGAGGAGACGGAGUGGGAGGUGUUCCUCCGACGGGCGGGGUUCAACAUGUACGCUGCCCAGGUCGCGCUAGCGGUCGUCAAGGGCGCGUACCCGGACGACGAAGGAGACAGCACCCUCGUGCGGCUCCUCGGUAUGGGCCCCAAAGAGAGAGCGAGCCUGCUGCGGGGUUUCCUCGGGGGUGAAGGUGGUGAUGGCGGCCGGAAUCUGGUCGACAGAGUCAAUGCACGUUUGGGAUGA